AUGGUCGAUGUCGAUUCGGAAUGCGACCCCUCCCCCACCAUCCCUCACUCACCUUCCUUUCGCAUUGCCCAGGGCCUAUUCGGCACUGACUUACACAAUCGCAUUCUCAAUUUGAGUCAGACAUCAGGCAUAGCUCUGGUCAUCGGCAGCACCAUGGCGAACUCUAAGUUCGAAUAUGUAAAGGCUUUUGAGCAGCCAGACACCCUACUCCAAAAUACAUGGGUUGUUGUUAGGAUAGAUGGGAGAGGUUUUACGAAGCUCUGCGCCAAGUAUGCUUUUGAGAAGCCGAACGACAAACGCGCCCUUGAUCUUAUGAACGCAGCCGCCAGGGCUGUCAUGACCGAUUUACCAGACAUCACCAUCGCCUACGGCAUCAGUGACGAGUACAGCUUCGUCUUCCACAAGUCCUGUACGCUGUUUGAAAGACGUGCCAGCAAGCUCGUCACAACGAUCGUCUCGACUUUCACAGCACACUAUAUACACUCCUGGUCCACGUAUUUCCCAGAUGCGCCGUUGACCUUGCCUCUACCCAGCUUCGACGGGCGGGCCGUCUGCUACCCUAGCGUACAGAACCUGAGAGACUACAUGAGCUGGCGACAAGUGGACUGUCAUAUCAACAACUUAUACAACACAACCUUCUGGGCCCUGAUCCAGCUUGGAGGUAUGGACAACCGCGCAGCAGAAGAGCUUCUAGCUGGCACAGUAUCGGGUGACAAGAACGAGAUACUGUUCUCCCGUUUCCAUAUCAACUACAAUAAUGAGUCUGAGAUGUACAAGAAGGGCAGUGUCGUGUUCCGAGACUAUGAACUGGUCGAGCCGGGAACUCACAAUGUCCAGGCAGAUGCAGACGCCAUUGCAGAGCCGGUCUCCAUGACCAAGUCCCAGACAGAGAAGGAUAAGAAGCGGCGGAACAAAGCACGGAUUGUGAUCGAGCAUCUAGAUAUCAUUAAGGAUGACUUUUGGGACCGGCGACCGUGGCUGCUAUCGAACAAGCCGGGCAAGGCACCAAAAGAGACCUAG